AUGCCGGGUUAUGCCCGCCACGCAGGCGGCCUGAGUCUCAUACCAGGCGACGAUGGCUACGCCCGUGUCAUCGAUGAGGCGUACUGGGCUCUCCUUAGACUCGGUCGCCAAGGUAUGUGCCUGGACCCGCUCAAGCAUGUCCUGGUCAACGCGUCGGACGUUGCCAUCCACAUGCUGAGACACUCGACAGACGGACGUAGUCAGCGCAUCAUCCAGGUCGUCGAUGCAGCAUAUCGCCCCAGACACUGGGCGGUCUUCUUUGGCUACGCUUUCGACCUCUCCCUCUCCAUCAGUCAUCCGCACCAGGACGAGCUCUUCCGCCACUCCCUUCGCCUCACCACUGACGUCUAUCGAUCGCCGCUCUCCCUCACCCAUCACACCUUUGCCCCGCUCCAUCCUACCCCAUCAUCAUCAUCCUCCUCCUCCUCUCGCAAGCCGUCGUUCAAGCUCGUCUCGUACAACAUCUGGAACACAAAUCGCUGGAACGACCGCGCGCAUGCUCUGGCUGCUCUUCUCGCCCGCUCUCAGCCCGAUGUCAUUGCCCUGCAAGAGGUCCGCCUCGACACCUCGCUCCGCGACGCGCCCGAGUUUGCCUUUGAUCCCGACUCGAUUCUCGCUCGCCACGACCUCCGCGGCCUCGAUGCGGUCAACCAGGUUGUCCAGCUCGCUCUCCUCCUCCCAGACUACCCACACUUUACCUUUCAGCCCGCCAUGUCGUACCCGCAGCUGCCGCUCGGUCGGGUCGAGGAGGGUCUGCUCUUCUUCUCCAAAACUCCGCUGACAGACACCGCGUAUGCUCUGCUCUCCCGCGAUGUCGCCCAAGACCACAUGGACGUCCACCAGCGCAUCGUCCUCUCUACAUCGACCCGCACCGCCUCGGGCGUGGACGUCCAGCUCUUGCAGACCCACAUGUCGCUUACUCCGACCGCCCGCCUCCGAAACAUGCUCGAGAUCGCCUCGUUUGCCCGCGCCACACAGGGUCGCCGCUCGAAGCUCCAGCUACUCAUGGGCGACUUCAACACAGACGUUGCCAACGAGCGCACCGGCUGGGGCCAGUCCAUCGAGUUUAUCGUCGGCCGCCGCCGCAUCGCCUCCCGCCAUACCCCGGCCCGCUUCCGCGACGCCUGGUACGACGCCGCCGCUGCGCAAGCACCCCGUCGCCGCCACGGCUACGGCCCGACCUUUCCGGCUCACAACGCCACCCUCCGCAUUGACCUUGUCUUCUAUCGCAACGUUCGCCCCUCGCCGGCUGCUCUCUGUCCCGUCGACGUCGACAUCCUCGGUGCUGACCAUUACGCUGUCGCCCCGCAUGACGACCCCGACCCGGUGCUCGUCUCCGACCACCUUGGCCUCGCCGCCAGCUUUGCUCCCUGUCCUCCAAUUUGAAUCCUUAACGGUACUGUCGUUCAAG